CACUACUAAUUAAUCUAUUUUAUCUAUUAAGCAUUCAUAUAAAUGGAAACUUGAAUGGGAAAAUACAGUUUGUUUAAGAAAAAUAGGAAAAAUGGUGUUCAAAGCUGCGUUUGUAUUUUUAGGGCUCCUCAUAGGAAGUUUGGCUCUACCUCUCAAUGAGGCGGAAGACAUGUCUGUCUUCUUCGACCACCCGGCAAUAACACCAUACAUCGUCGGAGGAUUGACUGCUGGCAAAGUUCCUCAUAUGGUAGCUCUGACCACUGGCGUCUUCACUAGAUCCUUCACCUGCGGAGGUUCUCUGGUGACCAAGAAACACGUCCUCACUGCAGCACAUUGCAUUGAAGCUGUGUAUAGUCGAGGAUCUCUUUUGAGUUCUCUCCGUGGAAUUGUCGGCACCAAUCGCUGGAAUUUUGGGGGAGUCCAACAACAAUUCGCCUCAAACAUUACGCACCCUAACUACGUCGGUUCCAUCAUUAAAAACGACAUCGGUUUUUUGGUAACAGACGCCGAAGUAUCUCUGAACGACAACAUACAAUUGGUACCAAUCUCCUACGAUUUCAUUGAAGGUGAAGUAGCUGCUGUUAUCCAUGGAUGGGGCAGAAUCCGGACUGGUGGAUCAUUGUCACCAAAUCUGUUGGAGCUCAAAACGAAGGUCAUCGACGGCGAGCGUUGCGUCUCUGACGUGGCUCGUAGAAGUUCGGAAAUUGGUAUGAGGGUUCCACCAGUACAACCAGAUCUCGAAGUCUGUACUUUCCUAGCACUCAACUUUGGAAACUGUCAUGGUGACUCCGGCAGUGCCCUCCUUCGUCAAAGUGACGGCCAACAAAUCGGUAUUGUGUCUUGGGGUCUUCCUUGUGCUCGCGGCGCACCCGACAUGUACGCCAGAGUUAGCGCCUACCGCGACUGGAUCGAACAAAGCCUUCAAUAAAUAAAUACGAAACUACAUAUUUACUUCAUAUUCUUAUUUGGUGUUUCUUUAUAGCUACUUUUCUUCUGUAACCAAAUUCUUAAUUCUUUGCUAAUACAUUAUGUCUCCGUUUUUGAACCUAGGGGUGUGUUUAAAAAAAAAUAAAUACAAACGCUGUAACUAUUUAAACUUUAACAAUUGUGCGAAGUCUCUUUUCACUUUAUGUUAUAAUUUAUGAGUUUCUAAAAUAAAGUACUUUAACAAUAUAAGUAAUCAAGAAUUUAGAAAGAAAAUAUAAACAAUAAUAAAUUUAGAUUUUUUUUUAAUUAACAUUUAAAUUUUAUACACAACGCCAUCUACAUCUCAUGUAUGAAAACUAAUGUUAAGAUAGUUUUUCAGAUUUUACUAUUUCCAUUGCGAAGUGUAACGUUUAUUUGUAUAAUUAAAAUAGUCACAUUCCACUUACCUGAAGGCUACACAUUAGACGUACUUUCAUUAAGGAGUGGGUUUUAUAUAUUACUAGUAGUUACUAGUCGUUACUAGUAGUUACUAGUCGUUACUAGUAGUUACUAGUCGUGUGCUGAAUAACUACAUACAAAAUGACUGUCUUGUGAUUAAAUUGGAUUAAAUCAACCUUUAAUAAAUUUCGGAAUUAAUUUUAGACUACGCCCUUAUCUCAUGUAAGAACUGUUUUAUUUUAUUUCUUGUUUUCUGAAUUCAACAUAACGCAUUUACAAUGUAAAUGUUUAGCUCAGUAAAGGUCUUAAAUUUGUAAUACAAUGUAUCUGAAUUGUUAAAACCACUGCGAAUUAUAUCAGGGAUGUAGUUGUUUUAAACACG